AUGAACGACAAUCAAAUAUGUACGGCUAAUAAGGGUAACUUGGUCAACUUCGUGCCAACUAAUGGACAGGUUGUUAUGCAGGAUUACAACACUCAAGUUGACUUCCGUUUCCUUGGUUGGUGUCAAUGCCCAUCUGUGACUACGGGUUUACCGGUCACUACGGCUGAGACCACCACUGCUGCUGUCGAGACCACCACUGCUGCUGUCGAGACCACCACUGCUGCUGUUGAGACUACCACCACUGCUGCUGUUGAGACUACCACCACUGCUGCUGUUGAGACUACCACCACUGCUGCUGUUGAGACCACCACCACUGCUGCUGUUGAGACUACCGCCACUGCUGCUGUUGAGACCACCACCACUGCUGCUGUCGAGACCACCACCACUGCUGCUGUUGAGACGACUACAAGUGGCGAAGGUUCACUCACCUGCGAUGCUUAUUGUUCAUCGAUAACAGCUGGUAGCUACUGUAAGUACUGGACAACCCCAAGUACAUGCUUCGGUAACAACAUGCCAUGCUCUUGCGGUUCGGCCUCCACUACCAGCGGAAGCCCCGCCCACACAACGACUGUCCCCGUUACUCACCAACCAGAAACUACCACUUUGGUGGCUUCUACGG